AUGGAGAUUCCUACCCAGACGCAGGGCUGCUUCUCAAAGGGCCUCCUGUUCUCAGCCUUGAUCCUGGCUCUCUGGCUGCCCCAAGGUUCCCAGGCAGCCCUCCACAUCCAGAAGAUCCCAGAGCAGCCUCAAAAGAACCAGGACCUUCUCCUGUCCCUUCAUGGUGUUCCCAGCACCGUCCAGGACUUCAUCUGGUACCUGGGGGAGGAGACUAAUGGAGGCACAAGGCUGUUCUCCUACAUCCCUGGGCUACCUCGGCCCCAGAGGGAUGGCAGUGCCAUGGGACAUCGAGACAUUGUUGGCUUCCCCAAUGGUUCCAUGCUGCUCCGAGGUGCCCAACCUUCAGACAGCGGCACCUACCAAGUGGCCGUCACCAUCAACCCUGCCUGGACAAUGAAGGCCAAGACUGAGGUCCAGGUGGCUGGUAUGCGUGAAUACUCAGUCGGGGCACCUCUGCCUGUCAAUGCUGGGAUCAUGGCUGCUGUCAUCACUGGGAGUCUUGCUGUGGGGUCACUGUUUGUAGGUGGCAUUGCCUACCUCCUGGUCACUCGGAGGCGGAAGAGCCGGAGCCCCAGGAUUCCAGCUACAGAGCAGCCAGAACUGAACACUAAUCCUGAAUCUGGUGACAGCAACAUCUACGAAGUGAUGCCAUCUCCAGUCUUCCUGGUGUCCCCCAUCAGUGACACAGAGCCAGUGAACGCAGCCACGAGCCGGCCUCCACUCCCAUCCCAGCAAGCACAGCCCGAGAACCAGCACUACCAGGACCUACUAAACCCCGACCCCGCCCCGUACUGCCAGCUGGUGCCAACUUCCUGACGGGCUCGGGGCCAGGCCUGCCCAGAAGACAGAACCUCUGCCUUCCGCUGACCCUAACCCUCAGGGCCUCCCGCCUGCAGAAAAGACACGUGACACCCACAGGCCAAAGCCGUGGGAGCUGGCAAGAUGGGCUCGCCACAGCAUCGCAGGGGGCAGGUGCCCCACGGCGCGGGAGACUGACCCCAUCAGCCUUCAGUCUGUGCCUCGUGCACACCUGCCUAAGGAAGCAGGCUCCUGCUUCCCGAGGGCCAGGGUCCCCGUCCAUGGGAGAAAGCCUUAGGUCUGUCUGCAUCAAAGGUACCCCGCCAUGAAAUCCCAUCGUGCGUGGCUCAACCAGUUAUCCGGAAACCCCCCCUUCCUUGGGGAGAAAGCAUUACCAGGAAGACGCUGAAGCAAUGGUUCCCAACUUGUGGGUCGCGAGGGGUCACCAGAGCAAAAGCAGCUGACCUAAGAAGACAGCCCUGGGCAAACUGACCUCAGAAUCAGCCACCCAUAGGACUGGGACUGCCUAGAACCCACCAGUGAGGGCUGGGGGCGUGGCUUAAUAUAAGAGCCCCUGCCUAAAAUCCACCAGUGAAGGGUGUGGGCCUGGCUCAGCGGGUAGAGUGCUUGCCAAGUACGGGAGAG